AUGGCCACAAUGGCUCAGCUGUCCGUCGACGAGCUGCAAGCUGCAUUACAGGAGCUUGCAGCGAUGCUCAUGCUGUCGCGGCACGAGGCUGUCCGACAGGAGCUUCAGAAGCUGCAAACCCGAUUCGAGUCAGAUCUUGCUGCGGCCAGGGGAUUGCAAAAAGCUCCAGCGGCAUCGCCAGCACCGGCAGCUGUUGCUGCCCCCGCCGAGGCAGCAGAGACAACAGUGGAAGCCUCCAUGCCAUGGACGGAGAUCACAAUGUUUUCAUUGGACCUGGGUGAUGGCGACAAACCUUUCGUGACCGUCGAUGUGAGACUCCGCGGAGUUGAAGCGUUGCCGUCGAAGGAUAUCACAUGCGACUUCACUGACUCAUCCUUCGACUUGAAGGUGCUUGGGCUCGAGGGCAAGAACUACCGUUUCCGGAAAACGAACCUUGAGAAUAACAUCAUGCCCGCCGGCUCGGUUUUCAAGGUGAAGAAGAAUCAUGUGAUGGUUUGGCUGCAGAAGGCGAAGAAUCAGUUCGACAGAUACGACAUUUGGCUGGACUUGUGUGGCAAGGGACGACGUAAGUCGGCAGAGGACGAUGCGGCUGAACCGAAGACUGGGCCCAACGAUGGCAUCCUAGACAUGAUGAAGGAGCUCUACGAGACCGGUGACGACACGACCCGAAAAAUCAUAGAGCAUGGGAUGCACCAGGCGAGCCAGGACGGGAAGGGUCCGCCGGCGGAGGGAGAAGGAACAGCAACCCCAUCGGCCGAUUCAAAGCAGACUGAGGUGAAGACGGAGCAGGCGGAGCAGGCGGAGCAGGAGGAGAGUAAGACUAAUGCAGGUCAGACGAACGGCUGCGUGCCGAAGGCUCUCACCGAAGAGGAAAUCAAGGAGAUGAGGGCUCGUGCAGGUGCCUUUGGGGGCACCAAAACCGAGUGCGGCGAGACAGGGACGGCUCAGGAGCACGAACACCAUGACCACGACCACAAGCAUGAGCCUACCAACCAGGACAAUCCCAACCUCACCGGCAUGAGCCAGGGCGAAGUGAUGGAGGACAAGGACAAGCUCCCGGUCACUCUCCUGAGCGGCUUUCUGGGCGCAGGAAAGACGACAUUGCUCACGCACGUUCUGAACAAUCGUGAGGGCAUGCGCGUGGCUGUGCUUGUCAACGACAUGGCAUCGGUGAACAUCGACGCGGAUCUCGUGAAGGAUGGGGUCGAGCUGCAGGAGAAUAAGGACCGUGCUGGCAUUCAUCCCAGCAUGCAGCCAUGCAGUUCUGUUUUCGAGGUUGUAGCAGCGCAGGCAUGGUCCCUUAGCCCAUGCUUGGAGCUUGUGCAGGCAGAUAAGCUUAGAUGUAGACGAAGAAGUGCACAGGACAAAAUGGUUGAGCUCCACAACGGCUGCAUUUGCUGCACGCUCCGUGAAGACUUGAUUGAGAGCGUGAAGUCAUUGGCUCUCGAGAAACGCUACGAGCAUUUGCUCAUAGAGAGUACAGGAAUAUCGGAGCCGAUGCCAGUUGCCACAACUUUUGCGGCCGCCGAUGAUCAAGGUCGUCCCUUGCUGGGAGGUGUCGCGCGUUUAGAUACGCUCGUCACCGUUGUUGACUGCAGAAACUUUUUGAAGGAUUAUUGCUCCAGCGACAAGUUGGUCACCAGAGAGGAGUUGGGGGCUGAGGAAGGUGACGAGCGCAGCAUCGUCAACUUGCUGGUGGACCAAGCGGAGUUCGCCAAUGUCAUAAUCCUCAACAAGACAGACCUUGUCACCCCCACAGAGCUAGGCCGUUUGAAAGGCAUCAUGACCAAGCUGAACCCAAAGGCUCGUAUGAUCGAGAGCCAGUACGGGAAGGUGAGCCCCGCACUGCUGCUGAACACAAACAGCUUCAACAUGAGGGAAGCCAGCAUGGCACCUGGGUGGGCACAAGAACUGAUGGGAAAUCACCACAAGCCGGAGACCGAAGAGUACGGCAUCUCCAGCUUCAUCUACCGAGCUGACCGGCCCUUCCAUCCGGAGCGUCUCACGAGCAUGUUGGGCACUUACAGCUUCCCCGGGGUGCUCCGCUCCAAGGGCUUCGCAUGGUCGGCCGGGAAUCCGGACAACGCCGUGGAGUGGAGCUCCGCCGGCCUCACGGCGGAUCUCAAGCCAGGCCCCAGGUGGCUGGUGGUCACUACGCCGCCGGACAAGUGGCCAGCCCAGGCCCAGAAGUACAAGGACAACCGUUUCGGGGACCGGCGCACUGAGAUCGUUUUCAUCGGAGCCGACAUGGUCGAGUCCGAGGUUCGGGAAGCGCUCGACGGUUGCCUGCUGUCACAGAAGGAGUUCCAGCAACACUUUGGCGGCAAAACAGGGGCACGCCAGAGGUCGUGA